AAACAAGGAAGUCCCAGCACAUAAUACUCUGUGAAAGCGUACGGAUUUAUUUUACAACAUGACGACAGUUAAAUCCGCCGAAAAGGUUGCUUUUGUAACUGUAGGAACUACAAGCUUUGAUGCUGUGAUUGAAACUGUGUCCAGCCUGCCCAUAACAACGCAAUUAGAAAGGCUUGGCUACACUAAGGUUAUUCUUCAAAUUGGACGUGGAACCUUUGAGCCAGAAAAGAUUUCAAGAAGGGACUUCAGACUUGAAUACUACAGAUAUAAAGAUUCAAUUACUGAAGAUAUUAAACAAGCUGAUCUAAUUAUUAGUCAUGCAGGUGCUGGCAGUGUAAUGGAAACGCUUGAAGCUGGCAAACCACUAAUUGUUGUAGUUAACGAGCUGUUAAUGGGCAAUCAUCAAAUAGAAUUAGCUUACCAAUUAUAUGAGGAUGGUCAUCUCCAAUACUGUACAUGCAGUACCCUACUAGAUACUCUGAAGAACUUUGAUGAAUCAAAUUUGAAGCCAUAUCCAAAGGGGCAGCCUGAAAACUUUGCCCGAUUUCUUGACAAAGCAAUGGGUCUAAGUCAACGAUAGAAUAUCUAAAAAUGAAUAUUCAAUUAUAGAAAUAUAUUAAAGAGCAAAAUAUAUCUAUAUUUUUCAUAUUUUUACAUAUUGUGACCAGUUGUUUAAAACAGAUUACAAUAGUUUUAAUGUUUCCCAACGUUUUAGCGUCAUUAGUUUUGAAUACCUGUUUGUACGUCAGAAUUUUAUAUCUUGAUAACAAUUUUUUAUGCAACAGCGCCACCAACCUUCUACAAGGGAAAUCAGUAUACUGCUUAUUGACUUACUGUCGAUGUAAAGUAAAUUAAACCAUAUAUCCGUAAUUAAUCGAAUUCAGAUUUAAUCUUGAUAAUGUGUGUAUGAAAUAAUUUGUUAUAUAUGGUUAUUGAAAGACAACUUAAUUUUUACUUCAAAUGAGGAUUUAUUUUAAUUUUACCGAAAUCAAAUAGGCCUAGAUGUCUGCAAAAGUUGCAUGAUUAUUAGCCUAUUCGUGUAAAAUGCUCACGACAUGCUUUCCCAAGGGGGGACAUUAAGUACCGAUAAUCCCGAGGUUGGAGAUUUGCUGCUCCAAAUUCUAGAUUAAAUCAAUUUGAGAAUGAGCUUUUAUAUUACUGGACUAAAGCAUGGAGAGAGAAGAAGAGUAAUGUCAAUAAAAUUCUACGACCAUUAA